CACCCCAUCCCCCCCUCCCCACACACACACACAUAGACACAAUUGGCACAGCUUCUUCCAGUACCCCGCGUGCCCUUCCUUUUUCUUUCGUCCACAGGCGCGCCAUGUCCACGCGUCGUCUAAGAUCACAUCUUGCCUCGGACGACUCGCUGCCCCCUCGGCUGGAGGAUGAUGUCGCCCCGAGCACCCGGCGCCGCGGCCGUGCGCCAGUCAGCUACCUCGAGUCGGACUCCGAGGAGGAUGUUGCGCCGCGCCAAGCCGGUCGUAGGCGGCUGGCGGCCCGGUCGCGCCUGGACGACAGUCCGCCGGCGAGGCAGCCACCGGCCAAGCGCGCCAGGCGCGCCGGCCGCCGGGCAUUCCCUGACAGCGAGGAGGACUUUUCGGCCAGCUCCUCCGAGGACGACGAGAUGCGCCCCUCUCGGUCGGCCUCGGUGUUCAACGACCUGGACGACUUGUCACCACCGUCGUCUCCCGGCGACCAGGGCCUGGGGCCGGUGUCAGCCACCCGGCGCAGCAGUCGCCAGCGACACGCGGUGGAUGAUGAGCUGGCGCGCCUGCGCGCGGCCCGCAGCCAGGGGGCCACCCUUCGCGUGGCCGCGGCGCCGGCCUUCAGCCACGACGACACCGACGACGAGGAUGGCCUGGGAGUGAGCGCCGCACCGGCCGGCCGCUUGCGCCGGCUGUCCCGCUCGGCCCUCGAGCAGGAGGAUCUCCAGGUGUCGGAGUCCCUCCGGCAGGAUCUCCUGUCCGGGGGCGGCUUCUCCGAGGAUGAGGACGACCUCGCCGCCGAGGAGAUGAUCAACCUGAAGGCGGCACGUGCACGCCUGCUGGCGGCCAGCCGCCGCCGUGCCGCCGCGGCCGCCGCUCUGGCCAUGCCGGCAGCACCGGCGUCAUUGAUCGAGCCGGCGGCUGGGCCGCGCCCGGGCAGCCGGGCAGCCGCGCGAGCUGCGCGAGCCGCACGCCCAGGUGCUGACACCGGCGCCGCCGCGGCCCCCAGCCCCGGCAUUGACAAUGCCAAUGACGAGGAUGAGGACGACUUUGAGGAUGUGCUUGUGUCGGACUUGGGCUCGGACUCGCCGGACCCCGGGUCCACCACCGAGUCCCUCAAGUCGACAUCUCCCAGCCUGCCCACCACCCUGGCGGCCUGCUCCGGGCAGAUCGAGGCCACUGGCGCCGGGGGGCCGGGCCGACCGCUUGGUACGUCCGCCCCGGCGCCGGGGGAGGGGCCCGCACGGGGCCGCCCCUCGCUGAUCAUGCAGCUUCUCCACGGUCGCGGGGCUUCGGCGACACCCGUCGAUGGCAAGCCACUGACCCCACCCGCACCUUCCAUGGUCCGGGCCCUGACACAGCCUUGCUCUGAUGCGGAGACCCUUUCGCCCCGGCGGCGUCGCAGCCGGCUGGUGCUCGAUGGCGACAUCGACCAGGCGUCGGCCGGGGCGGCACCUGCCGGCGCGCCGAUCGCCGCGCUGGACUACGAUUCGACCACUCGCCCCUUUCAGUUGUCCGAUGUCGCCCUGGGGCCGCAUGCCGACCCGAUGGCCCGGACCAUGGUUGUCCUGGCUGGCACCGGCCGUCGCGAUGCCCGCGCGGGUUCUGACAGCGACCGCUCGGCCGGCUGGUGGCCCCCCUCGGAUGCGGAAGCCGACUCGGAUCUGGAUGACUUCAUCGAGCAUGAUACCUCCAGUGAGGAGGAGCAUGAGGAGGAAGGCCCAGCGGGGGACGACCAGCCGGGGGCAGGCCCGGUGACCUCUGGCAGGGUCGGGCCCUUCCGCACCAUUGAUCAAUACUUCCGACAUGGGGCCGGCCGAGCUCCACGGCCGCGACCGGCCCUGCUGGCGCACUUCCCCUACAUCCGGUGUCUGCCGCCACCGCAUGAUACGGUUGGCCUGUUCCUCUUCCACCGACUGUACAUGGCCCUCGGCUUCCGGGAGGUUGAGGAUGCCGAGCGUGGUGCGAGUGGCGACGGUGACGCGGAUGUGCCCUCGCCGCACCUCCAUGCCCUGCGUCGGGCCCUUGGCACCAUUCGCCGGCGUGCGGACACCUACCGCGGGUCUCUUGUGUCCAGUAGCACCUGGCGGCCGGACUUUGAGCUGGCCCUCCGGUCCUUCUUCGACUUCGACUUCGUGGCCCCGGGCGGGGGCGCCCAAACCCGAGCGCCCAUCGGCCGGGGUGCCCGGCGUGCCCUGUCCGAUGGCAUCGGCGCCGGCUAUAUGUGCUAUGCUUGCCGGCGACCGCACCGUGGCGCCGAUCCGGUCAUAGUUCGACUGUCCGAUCGAGCGGUGGACGGGAUGCCCCCGGGGCCUGAGGACCCGCCGCCCCUCCGGGAAGACCUGGAGGGCGAGCAUGCCAGCAAUCCCGGCGAUGUGGGCCACGAUGGCGACCACAGCGACCCCCUUUCGCCGGAUGUACACGACACACUGGCUGGCGAUCUGCGACGGGCGGCCCGCGAUGCGCUCGCCGAGUCCGGCCGCACUCUGGCCCCGGCCGCCGGGCCAUCGGAUGAUGGGCUCCCGUCAUCCGAGGCCACCCUCUUCCAUGUGCGCAUUGCGGCCGAUGGCCGCGAGGCCGAAUACCUGGUAGGCCGGCAGUGUGCCCAGCGAAGUGAUGUCUACCAUCGCCUGGUGCAUUUGGAGCAGCGCCUGGAGCAUGGUAUCAAGCUUGAGGUCCUCCGGCACCGCAUUGAUCAUCCGUCGGCCGGGCGCCUGGAGUUGUUGGAUCUGAUUUCCUCCGACGCGGAGUGGCUGGCCGCUGGCCGGCACCAGGUGGCCGACACAUUGGAUGCAGCAUCGGCCUUCCGAGGGUAGAGAUGGUCGCCAUAGAGCCUCUGUGCGCCUCCCCGGUCGGAUGGAUGUUGGCAUCCUCUUCCCAAACACGCACACACCCCCACCCUGCACAUCGCCCAAAAGGGCUCUGUAUAUUGGCCGCUGAAUUUGCACAUUUUUUACUGAUAGCGCCCGUGCCCCACUCGCGGGGUGUGCCCUUCCGGUGUGCUCCGUUCUGCAGCUCUUCGUGCUGAGUGGGAGGAG